AUGGAAGAUGGAGAAAAUGACAAGGGGUUUAACAAAAUAAAUCUUGUUAAAUCUUGGCUUUCUUUAAUCUCUAGCCCUAAUUUUGCGAAGACCCAUCCCUUAUUAUCCGCUAGUAACAAGAAUUACUCCCACCAUGGACUUAUGUUUAGGGUUAAUGAUCCUAACCGCUAUCUCAAGGACUGUUGUGUUAACGCUUUACUUUACGAUUCUGUAACUGAGGCAUUAGACGUAGAUUAUCCAUGUACAACUCCUAAUGAUUAUACUUGGAUUGUGAGUUCUGUUAAUGGAUUGAUUUGUCUUGUAAAAGAAGUUUACGACGACGAAUUACAUGAGUUGUUUCUGUGGAACCCAUCAAUUAGAAAGUAUAAGAAAUUGCCUAAGUAUAGACUUAAAGUGAGUCGCGCUUACUCUAUGGAUGAAAUUGAAUAUUUCAAAUUUUGUUUUGUAUAUGAUGAGUUACAAGAUGAUUACAAGGUAGUGGGUGUUUUUCCUAUUCACGAAAAUAUGCGUCGUGUUGAGGUCAAAAUAUAUAGUCUAAAGAGUGAUUCUUGGAGAUGUAUUGAUGACUAUCAGGGUACGGAUUUUUCGUAUUAUAAUAAUAACAAGGGUAAGCUUGUGAAUGGGAAAAUCCAUUGGCUUGGGAGCUGGUGCAAGCUAAUUAUUUCUAUUGAUUUGGCUAAUGAGAAAUGGACAGAGAUAGAGAAGCCAGGAUGUGGUACUUCGGAGCUAGGAGUGUUUGGGAGUUGUCUUUCUGUGCUUAAUUGCGAAUACGCGUCGACUCGUGCAGAUUUAUGGGUUAUGAAGGAGUAUGGGGUAAAAGAAUCUUGGACAAAAAUGUUUACCACCAAAUCUCCAGGUGAUUCUAUGUUAUAUAUGUUUCAUCCACCCAUUAUAACGUCAAAUGAAGGUGAAAUUUUGCUUAGGCAUGGUUCACGUUUCACGAAAUACAAUCCAAAGGAUGACUCGAUCAGAUAUCUGGAUGUUACUAACUUUGAUCAAUGUUAUGAGGCAGAAAUCUAUGUUAAGAGCCUAAUUUGUCCGCUUUCACAGAAGGGACCAUGAUGGCAACAAGAACGGAGGCUGAAAUAACUCAGAUGAAAACAAUUUUAGUAAUGAUCUGUAAGAGUUGCACUCUAUGUAUUGUUCUUCAGUGCUGUUAAAUUCUGUUUCAUAUUGCUUGGGGAUCUUUUUUAUCAUUUUCCUUUUCUGCACUAUUUUCAAGAAACGCUAUGAAAGAGCAGUUAUUUUGGUUGUGUUACUUGGUGUGUCGAACUUUAAACUCAAUGGUACUGGGCGUUGUUGCUCUUUUAAGCAGUUUUUUUAAGGUGAUGCUGUGUCUAUAGAUAAAGUAAGAAUAGAGA